CACAAACGUCAAAUGAAGGAACUCAACGUCAACUGUCAAAAAACACAAAAUGACAGACUGUGACAGACAAAUGAGAACUUGGAUUUUAAAAUCAUGCUAAAAUGUAAUAGUUUAGUUACUUAAUUCGCUAAAAGUUUCACUUCUAGGGAACGAUAAUACGACUGACUGACAUAAUAAUUCCAAAAAGUAAUAUUUUAGGAACCUAUUAUUCUUUACAGAUAGAAAUAAUGUCACUUUGACUGUUGUGUUGACCUUAACAUUGACAUGCCUUUUUUCAAUCAUCUGUGCCCUGUUGAUUUUGUGUUGUUUACAAACAAAUGCUACUUGGUCUAGCUUAAAACGAAAAAAUUAAACGUUAUUAUGGCAGAGCCAGAAGUGAUAGAGGACUUUUACGGUGUUUACAUUCUUUACAAUAUCAACCCAAAGUAUAAGGGUCGCACCUACAUUGGAUACACUCGAGACCCAAACAGGAGAAUAAUGCAGCAUAAUAGAGGAACUUGGGCUGGUGGCGCUCAUCGCACGAGUAACAGAGGCCCAUGGAAAAUGGUUAUGAUAGUGCAUGGUUUCCCAAAUAACAUUUCAGCAUUGAGAUUUGAAUGGGCAUGGCAAAAUCCAAAUAAAACUACAAGACUGCAACACCUAGACUUAAAGAAGAUACCCAGAAAGGAAACAGAGUUUCAGUUCAAACUUAGAGUUCUAAGUGAAAUGCUAAGAGUAGGUCCGUGGUGUAGACUUCCUUUGAUGAUAAGAUGGUUGGAAAGUGAAUACAGGGAAGAAUUUCCUGCAGAAAGAGAACCGCCAGCUCACAUGACAGUAGUCCAAGGUCCAGUUAAAAGCUACAACCAUAAAAAAGUCAAGGACCUUUCUUCUAAUCCUACUAUUGAAUGCCUGCUAUGUUCCGGUUACUUGAAAGAAACGGAAAAACUCAGCUGUAUAAAUUCAAACUGUGAUCUAGUAUCACAUAUAAACUGUUUGGCGAACCAUUUUCUUACACCCGGUGAAUAUGUACCAAUAACUGGCAACUGUCCUUUUUGUAAUACUAAAUUGAAAUGGGGUGAUCUGAUAAGGAGAAUGAAUGGAUAUGAUCAAGGCGUUAAAGAUAAUCUUAAAGGCAAUGUAAAUGAUGAAGUAUUUUGCACGCAAGAUAAAGGUUUUGAUAAUUUUGAUGAUGAUGCUGACUUGGUUUGCACACAAGAUGAUAUAAAUGAUAAUGUUGAUAAUGCUGAAAAUGUAGCUGUUAGUUGGAACAGAGAAUUCGUUGAUGAUUUGGAUCUUGAUGAUGAUUUAAUUUGUACACAGGAUUAUGCUAAAGAUAAUGAUUUAAUCGCUAGUCAAGAUGAUGAUAAUUUUAAAAAUAGUGAUAAAUUAAUACAGAAAAGAGUGUUCAACAAUAUUGAUGAUGAUGUAAUUUAUACAGAAGAUGAAAAAAAAGCAGAUGAUAAAAAUAAAGCUGAUCAUAAAUAUGAUGAUAGCGACGACGAAGUUAUUUUUAAACGCGAUAAAGUUAACGACGAACAACCUUCGUGGUUUCUCGAUUGUAAUGAAAAUUUAUGACCGGACAUUACGAUUUAUUUAUUAGUGGUUUUGAAAUUAAUAAAUAGCCUUGAGCCAAACUUUAUGAACAACAAUAUCUGUAAAAAUAUAUUGCAUAGAAAUAUG